GUCUGGGCUGCCCGCGCGCUCCCUCCCAGCUGGGUCUCGACCCCUGCCAGGGCAAGACACAGGGGAAGGUCCCCAGCGACUGGGGGAAAUUUUCGGCUCUGGUCAGGCGGCCGCGGUUGCGAGAGCCGCGUAACGCGGCAGCCAGGGGCGCAGGGGCGCGGAGCCAAGACGCCGCCGUGCGCGCCUGGGGCUCUGAGUCCCUUGCGAUCCCCAGCUCCGCUCGGCCGGCGGGGGCGGAGCAGGGCGGUGCGCGGUGCCGCCUUCUAGGGCCUGGGGAGGAGUGGCCCGGGCCGAGGAGGUCACUCGGAAGCUGAACUGGCUGCUGUCACACGCGCUCCGAGCCCCGGCUCCGCUCUGCCCUCUCCGGCGCGCACGGGUCCCUGGCACACGCUCGCGCUCUCCGGGCUUGAGUCCCGGCCCUCCUUGGCAGCGACACGUCCCCGUCGCUGAAGCCAGCAAGCCCUCCAGCCCCCAACAGGCAGGUCACAUGGCUCCCGAGGUCACCUGCCCGUGGAGGAACCACUUGUCUCGCUUCCAGAUGAGGACCUGGAUCGAACCCGUGGUGGCCUCGACCCAGGUGGCCUCCUCCCUCUACGACGCAGGGCUCCUCCUGGUGGUGAAGGCAUCCUUUGGGGGCGGGGGCGCGGCGAACCGCAGCUCGGGCGCGUCGCCACGGGACACUCAGGAGGACCACCAGCAGACUGCCAUCUCCAACUUCUACAUCGUGUACAACCUGGUGGUGGGCCUGACGCCUCUGCUGUCCGCCUACGGCCUGGGCUGGCUCAGCGACCGCUCGAACCGCAAGAUCUCCAUCUGCGUGUCGCUGCUGGGCUUCCUGCUGUCGCGCCUCGGGCUGCUGCUCAAGGUGCUACUGGACUGGCCGGUGCAGGUGCUGUACGGGGCGGCGGCGCUCAACGGGCUGUGCGGCGGCUUCUCGGCCUUCUGGUCCGGGGUCAUGGCGCUGGGAUCCCUGGGUUCCUCCGAGGGCCACCGCUCCUUGCGUCUCAUCCUCAUUGAUCUCAUCUUGGGCUUGGCCGGGUUCUGCGGCAGCAUGGCCUCGGGACAUCUCUUCAAGCAGAUUGCUGGGCACGCAGGGCAGGGGCUGGUGCUGACAGCCUGCAGCGUGAGCUGCGCCAUGUUUGCCCUGCUCUACAGCCUCUUGGUGCUCAAGGUCCCUGAGCCGGUAACCAAAACCAGCAAGGUGCUCCCCACGGUGGAUACCGUGUCUGGGACAGUGGGCACCUACCGCACCCUGGAUCCAGAUCAGCUGGACAGGCAGAGCGUAGUGGGGCACCCUCCCCCGCUGGAGAAAGCAAAGACCCAAAAAACCAUUAUAGCCCUGCUUUUUGUGGGUGCCAUCAUCUAUGACCUGGCGGUGGUGGGCACCGUGGACGUGAUGCCUCUCUUUGUGCUGAGGGAGCCUCUGAGUUGGAACCAAGUGCAGGUGGGCUAUGGCAUGGCCGCAGGGUACACCAUCUUCAUCACCAGCUUCUUGGGCGUCCUGGUCUUUUCCCGCUGCUUCCGGGACACCACAAUGAUCAUGAUUGGCAUGGUCUCCUUUGCGUCUGGAUCCCUUCUCAUGGCCUUUGUGAAAGAGACAUACAUGUUCUACAUUGCUCGAGCCAUCAUGAUGUUUGCUCUCAUCCCCAUCACCACCAUCCGAUCAGCCAUGUCCAAACUCAUAAAGGGCUCCUCUUACGGAAAGGUGUUCGUCAUACUGCAGCUGUCGCUGGCUCUGACUGGGGUGGUGACAUCCACAGUGUAUAACAAGAUCUAUCAGCUCACCAUGGACAAGUUCGUGGGUACCUGCUUCGCACUCUCCUCCUUUCUGUCCUUCCUGGCCAUUGUCCCGAUUGGGUGGCCACAGGAGUUCCUGACAGUGUCAAUGUCACCUGCUCAACGUGCUGCACUUGGCUUUCAUAGCUCUUGGGAUACAACCCAAAUGUCUUUGCCAUGGGCCACCAGGUCCCCCAUCAUGUGGCUUUGCCAACUUCUCCGGUCUCCUAGUCCUGCCACCGGCCCCUUUUCCCGGCCCGUUGCACAUCACCCACAGUCCCCUCCCCUCAUGUUCUUCCCUUCUUCACCCACACCUCUUUUUUUUAUAUAUAAAGAAAUUAGUAAAGUGGUUCUUUGUUUUUAAAGAUUUAUUUAUUUAUUUGGAAGGCAGAGUUACACAGAGAGAAAGAGAGGUCUGCUGGUUCACUUCCCAAUUGGCCGCAAAGGCCAGAGCUGUGCCGAUCCGAAGCCAGGAGCCUGGAGCUUCCUCAGGGUUUUCCCAUGUGGGUGCAGGGGCCCAAGCACUUGGGCCAUCUUCUACUGCUUUCCCAGGCCAUAGCAGAGAGCUGGAUCGGAAGUGAAGCAGCCAGGACUCGAACCGGCGCCCAUAUGGGAUGCCGGCACUGCAGGCUGCAGCUAUACCAGCUACACCACAGCACCAGCCCCACCCACACCUCUUUCUUAACCCGACUAGUCAGCGUUCUAACUGAAACACCAUUUUCUCAGCAUUUCCAUAACCCAUCUCCAUCUAAACUAGUCCCUCUGCUGUGUGCUCCCAGAGUCUCCUGUAUGUUCCCCCCAGCAUGGCACUUGGUGAUCAUUCAGUGAUUAUCUGUUAAACAUGCCUGCCCAGUAGAUUUGGCUCCCCAAGCACAGAAGUCAUCAUGUGUCCAGCAGAGAGCCAGCUCAUAAGUGCUCAACAUGGAUUUGCUUAAUGAAUGUUCUGUCACAAGGGUGUGGCUCCUUCCAGCCAGGACCACUGGCUAGCCACCUCCCAGAGCUAAAGCCAGGGGCUGGCCAUCAUCACAUGGCUGUGUUGAAGUGUGUGGUAGGGGGUCAGCUACACAGACAGGGCUGCAAGUUGACUUCCCACGGCACUGUCCCAGUUGUCUCCAAGUCUUCCCUCUCUACUUGCCAGCCCCAUAAUACAAUGAAUUUUGUUUGAAGUUCAUUUACUGCCCCUUCCUGGCAGGCCCAAGGGCUCGUGGAAGGUGAGGAAUCAUUGAGUUGAGAAGAGUUUCUGUAAACCUUUCCCUUAGAAGGCUCGGAUUUAAGCUCACAGCCCAUCCAGCAAACCAGGUGUAGUGCAUCCAUCAAGAAAAGCUAUGCCCUGGCUCAAAACCUGAGGAUCCCAGAGCUAAAAUGAGAAAACUGAGGUCUCCAGACACACAGACCCAAGACCUCAACUCAGAGCUCCUAACUGCUAUGCAGCCAUUCCUCUGCCAGUGUUUUGAAACAGUGUAAUGGUGAUUUGUGGAAGAGAUGAAAGGGCUAUGGAAGAGGAAAGAGGCAAAAGCCAAUCUUGACCUUGAACUAUACAAGUACAUAGGUGUGUACUAUUAGGCCAGAAGUGAGAUGCCGAGAGAUUCGAGGAAAAAGAAAACACAGAUGCAAGGGGUCCACAAUGUUUUGGGAAAUGGGGGGACAUUCAUCAUCUCAGGAUUAGAACUCAUCUGGGGGGAGAGGCCAUCCCUCUCCACUCAGCGCAGCCUUCCGAUGCCCUCAUGGAGAGGACCUCUCAGUCCACGAGUGACGAGGUGGCCAGAGGCCCCCUUGACAUCAGUGGGGAGGGGAAGGCAUGCCCUUUGGCCCAUUCCAGCU